AUGGGGGUGGUGAAGGAAGCGCUAGUGGUGGCAGCGGUAGGGGUGGUGGCGGUGGCAGUGGUGGGGGUGGCGGAGGUGGUGGUGGCAGUGGAGGUGGCGGGGGUGGUGGGGGUGGUGGGGGUUGUGGGGGUGGUUGAGGGGGCGCGGGUGGCGGUCAGGGUGGAGCUGGCAUGGGUGGAGGCUCGAGUACAGCUACCAGAGGAGCUGCGUCUAUGGUGCAGCUGGUGGAGUGGAGGUUCUGGGAGUGGGCAUCAGCAGCAGCCAUGUCAGCAGGAGACUCUCUCGCCGCAACAGCUUUGUGAGUGGGUUGCUCGGCGAGACGGCCUUGGAGGCGGGAGUCACUGCCAGUACCGCUAG